AAACAGAUUUCAAAAUCAGAGUGGCUGAGAAACGUAGAGUAGAAAGGGAAAGAAGGGGGAGUCAAAAAGUAGCCGCAGGAGACCAUGUUUGUCCUCCUCCUUCCCUCACCCCAGCCCUGCCCUUUUACUCCAAUUUCUGAUGCCAUUUCCAUUUUCCCCAAACCCCAUAACUGAUUUUCAUAGAAAACACCGUUCUUUUUCAAUUUCUCACUCUCUAUCUCUCUCUCUCUUAAAACUGCGAAGAAAAGCUAUGAUUUGAAACAAGAAGUGGAGCCACUGUUUCAGUGCCUCACCAACCAAUUUUCCUAUUUCUUUCCUAGCUUUCAAAAGUUGCAACAUUACGCUUCAAGUUUCGAAGCUCAGAAUCUCAACCCCUUUUUGUUUUUAAAUUAGAAUUUCGUUUCCAUUCUCAAUCUUGAAGCCCAGAAAGCCGUAGUUUCAAGAAGACGAAGAAGAAGAAGAAGAGAUAUAUACAGAGAAAUUCGAUUCCCUCCAAGCAAUGAAGCAGUUACACAAGCAAUCUAGCGCGAAUCAUAGACGAGACGAAGAGAUCCCAGCGGCCCCAACUUCGCCAUACUCGCCCAAAACGCUUAAACACCCCAGAUCUCUUCCUAGAUCCAUCAACUACCUAUUCAAAGAACAGAGGCUUCUGUUUAUCCUUGUGGGUAUUUUGAUUGGCUCAACGUUCUUCAUCCUCCAGCCUACUUUGUCUCAUCUAGGCCCUUCCGAGUCCAAUUCUGCCAUACCCAGACAUGUCACUACCGGUGUCACCACAACCCAUGAUCAGAUUGCGUCGUAUUCCAAGAGCAAUUUUGGGCCCGGCAAGACGGGUAGGAUUCCGGUGGGGAUUGGGAACCGCCGGUUGAGGAUUGUGGUCACCGGUGGGGCUGGAUUCGUUGGGAGUCAUCUCGUUGACAAGCUUAUUGCUAGAGGGAACGAUGUGAUUGUGAUUGACAAUUUCUUCACUGGGAGGAAGGACAAUGUUGUUCAUCAUUUUGGGAAUCCUCGUUUCGAGCUCAUUCGUCACGAUGUCGUUGAGCCUAUACUUUUAGAGGUUGAUCAGAUCUAUCACUUGGCUUGCCCUGCAUCCCCUGUUCAUUACAAGUUUAAUCCUGUCAAAACAAUCAAGACAAAUGUGAUGGGUACCCUUAAUAUGUUGGGCCUUGCAAAGAGAAUUGGGGCAAGGUUUCUGCUCACCAGUACAAGUGAGGUUUAUGGUGAUCCUCUUGAGCAUCCCCAGAAAGAGACUUAUUGGGGAAAUGUAAAUCCAAUAGGUGAGAGAAGUUGCUAUGAUGAAGGAAAGCGCACAGCAGAAACUUUAGCAAUGGAUUACCAUCGAGGUGCUGAUGUUGAGGUGCGUAUUGCUCGCAUUUUCAAUACAUACGGUCCCCGUAUGUGUUUAGAUGAUGGACGUGUUGUUAGCAAUUUUGUUGCUCAGGCCAUUCGCAAACAACCGUUGACAGUUUAUGGUGAUGGUAAACAAACACGAAGCUUCCAAUAUGUUUCUGACUUGGUUAAUGGAUUGGUGGCAUUGAUGGAAGGCGAACAUGUGGGGCCUUUCAACCUAGGUAAUCCAGGGGAGUUCACAAUGCUUGAGCUAGCGGAGGUUGUCAAAGAAACAAUUGAUCCUGCUGCAACUAUAGAUUUCAGACCAAAUACUGCUGAUGAUCCGCAUAAGAGGAAACCCGAUAUUAGCAAAGCAAAGGAACUAUUGAACUGGGAGCCGAAAAUUUCACUCAGAGAGGGACUGCCUCUUAUGGUUAGUGAUUUCCAGAACCGUAUUUUGAAUGAAGAUGAAGGAAAAGGGCUUAAAUAAAAUAAGAAAGCACAGCCCAUAUGUAUAGUGUGAAGCGCAUUUCUGUAUCUUAUCGAUUCCUUUAUUAAAGUGAUCCUCAACUUCACAUUGAAAUUCUAGCAAAUGCGACCAUAGGAAGAUGUUGUUUAUCCCCAAUUUGUGCUUGAUCAGCACUAACUUACAUUUUUGUCAAAGGUUCUUUUUUUUUUUUGGCCCUCUAAAAGGCUAUUUACCAACCUUUUUACUUCUGCAUCAUGGUAUUGGAAGGAUGUAUAUGUAUUCUUUUAAAUCCUUUUUUGACAGUUUGUAGCAACAUAAGAAGGAAGUGGAUUUUCUAUAAUGUAGAAAUUGUUUACGUAUGUCA